GAUCCAAUUGAUGAAAUAAAGCAACAUUGUGGGGAGAAAGAAGAGUGUGUCAAGUUAAAGCAGAGAUUAGAUGAAUGUACAGCUCGUGUAGAAAGCCGGUCCAAGACUUCAGAGACAUGUGCUGAAGAACUAAUAGAUUUCAUGCAUUGCAUUGAUCAUUGUGUAAGU